UGCAGCACCGAGAGAACAUUCAGAGACUCGUUUGCUGCUCGAAUCCGUCUCGCGAAACCUACAUUUUCGUUAAUAGCGUGCAACCUUAAGAAGACCUUGACACGAAAAUGACGACGAAAAUCUAAGAAACUAUUUUCUCACACACUGGUGGCACAAAACCCUCAUUUUCGCCACACUGCGAAGGGGUUGAUGCAAUUGCUUUGAAAGACGCGUGCAUCAGCAUCCCCGUAUACGCGUUCGCUGCUGCUCGCACGAUCUGUAUCCGACAGCAGCAAAACUUGCAUCGGUAGCCGCAACUAGUCGCCUCGACCGGUUGUGCUCGGAGAGAGACAUGUUGAACGAUUGGCAGCCGCAAUUGGUGACGGUGUGGUGGGAACGAUGCGAUGUAUAAAGAGUCUCGUUGCGACCGCCACCAAUUAUUCUAACAUCGUCGUCGGUCCUGUUUCGAUAACUCGAAAGAAAAAUCGUAUCUCGUAUCUCAUAUUCGACGCAAUUCGGAAACGCGAGACGUUCCUCGAAGACUGGUUGUACGCAAGAGAGACCUUCCACCCGGAUAUCCUGUGAUAAGGAACAGCGAAUCUCGCUCGAUCUGCAUCGGAGUGGUGAAUUUUUCGUGUGAAAAAUCGGUGCCUCUCUUAGUUUCACGGCGAAGGAUCGAAUUAUGCCGACGUGUACCUGCCAAAAUAGGACUCUGGACGAGUCGGGGGAACACGUUUGCUCCCUGAAGCUACCGGUGGAGAAAGACAAGACCAAAGAGACCGGGGAAUACACCGAUCCGGUUAGGUACAGCGAUGGCUCCGUACGGUUACGAAAUCCCAACAUCGAGCUCAUGGACCAGGAUAUAUUGUAUCAUCUCGCGCUCGGCAGCGGUUCCCACGACCUCGUCGAAAUGUUCGGCGACGUCAAAUUCGUCUGUAUGGGCGGCACGCCGAAACGGAUGGAAAACUUUGCAAACUAUAUCAUGAAGGAAAUUGGUCACAAGCUGCCAGCCGGAACGACUCUUCUCGACAUCACUAAGAACUCUUACCGCUAUUCUAUGUACAAAGUUGGCCCGGUUCUCUCUAUUAGCCAUGGUAUGGGCGUACCUUCGGUCAGCAUCCUGCUCCACGAAGUGAUCAAGCUGAUGUAUCAUGCGAAAGUGAAGGACCCAGUCUUCAUCAGGAUUGGAACUUGCGGUGGAAUUGGCCACGAAGGUGGUACGGUGGUUAUCUCAGAAGAGGCUGUGGACGAGACGAUAAAGUCUGACAUGGAAUUGAUGGUUCUUGGGAAGCUGGUGCGCAGACCGGCCAAGCUGGACCGGCAGCUGGCUCGCGAUCUUAAGGCCCUGGCCCAUCGUGACGAUCCCUACGACACCGUGGUCGGGAAGACCAUGUGCUCCAAUGAUUUUUACGAGGGCCAAGGUCGACUGGACGGCGCGUUCUGCGAGUUUUCGGAGAACGAAAAAAUGGACUAUCUUACCAAGCUGCAGAAGGCCGGAGUGGUGAACAUCGAGAUGGAGAGUCUCUGUUUCGCCGCUCUGACGCAUCACGCCGGCAUCCAGUCCGCUGUUGUGUGCGUCACGCUGUUGGAUCGACUCAAAGGCGAUCAGGUUCUAGCACCCAAGGAAGUGUUGGAAGAAUGGCAGAUGCGACCCCAGCAGCUAGUUGCUCGCUACAUCACCACGUACCUUCAACGAAAGGGUCGUCUUUCCCUGGAAGGUUCCCACGGUUCCAUGUACGUGAAGAGUCCGCGUCGGUUCAAAUUGGUGCAGCAGGAAUCCGAGAAUUACGAUUAAAUGAUCGUGACACGAGUUGAAAAAUAUGCUACAAAGAUCUCCUGGGCUCACGAUGCGAUCGGACACACAUCGGCUCGAUUUUCGAGUCGGCGAUCGCAAUUAAUUUACGUCGCACAAACCGCCCCGUAGAUUCACCUGUUUUCUAUUUAUUUGCAAACAAAAUAAUUUUGCUCAUAAGUCGCGCAGCAGAGACGCGCCCAAAAUAAAUUUGAUUUGAAAUAGAAGAUAAACGGGGGAUGUAAAAAAACAGGAGCAGAUUUGGUCUAUUUAAUUUAAAUAUUGUGUACGGCAUAAUGCCGUACAUAAAAGCUUUUUUCUUGAAUAACGCAAAACACAUUAUAAAAUUCCUAUUAUUGUAUCCGUUGUUCUACGUGAUAUUUAAAUUACUUACAAAUCUGCCCCAAUAUUCAAAUUUUUCUGAUAAAAUCCUUGAUUAAAAACAUUUGAUUCUUUUUAUCGAAUGAGAAUAUUUGACAGUGCAGAUGACUUGCACAAAACUAAGUGGCACAAUUUUAUUUCAUAUUUAAUUUGGUACUACUUUUUACAAUAUUUAAUUGGCUCAAAAUUAAAUUUGUUUUGCUGAAAAAUUGCCUGGGUCUUUUUGCGUUUUAUGAAUUACUGAUAGUAAUUUUAGCCAAAAAUUAUAAAACUUCUCGCAUUGCGAGAAAACCAUCGUACGCGCGACAAUGAUGCGGUGAUUCCCGAGAGAUUCAUAAGAAAAUUAAAAUGACUGUCAAAGUUUCACCGUUUAUUUCGCGCGGUGACCCAAGUACAAAGUGUGCAGGAAUUUGCAAACUGCGCUCGAACGAGAAAACCAUGCACAUUUUUCACAAACAUAUCUUUUGUGAUCAGUUGCAUAAGCUUUGAUUAGCACAAAUUAUAAAUAAUAAAUAUAUCUUAUAAUCCGCGGUAUCGAAAUAAAAUCGUCACUUAAAAUAAAAACACGUCAGCAAAUUCCAGAUAUAUAACAACUGCGAUAAGGAAAUGGAAUAAUCGGAGGGAGUUAAUCGAAAUUAUGAUGCAAUUGAUCACAUUUCGUAAAGAUUUAAUUUUAGGGGACAAGAACGUACAGCACGUUCACGUAUUUGCCGAUUAAAUGAUGAAGAAUUCUUUUUCUGUUGUACCCUAAAUGAAUGACGACGAUUGUCUCGUAAAUUUUCAGGGAUUUAUAUUGAGAAUUUAGAAAACAAGAAAUUCGCUAACGGACCUAUCCGCGGUUUGCGUGUUGUAUCGAGAGCAGUUUCGAGAGAGAAAUUGUACAUUUAGCCUCGCGUAAUCGCCGACGUGUAAUAGACAUACGCGGUGAUACGAAGAAUCUAUAUACGUAUUAAUUACACUCUUUAGAAAGUUUGGUAGCACACAUUCCAUAUAAAAAUAUAUAUAAUAUAGUCGAAGAACUAGCGUGUUUUCGUUCAAUUGUUAUCCGUAAGAUAGACCGGGGACUAUCAUAUAUUAUAUAUAUAUAUAUAUAUAUAUGUAAGUUUUGAGAAUAUUCGCAAUCAUGAUUCGAAUGACGGAGAUCGGAUUGGAAAUUGUAAUGAAACGUUUGAAUAGAGAUCAUUGUCUGAUAAAUAAUAUUCUUCUUAUAAAUGCUUCGAAAUAUUUUGAAAAAAAAAAAACUAUGGCGCGGAACGAAAAAAAUAGUCAACAAAUAAUUGUUCUUAAUCCUUUCUCAACUUCUCCUUAUAUCGAUCAAUCAAGAUGCUUGUGCAAUGCCAUGUCGCAAGAUAUUUAUAAAUGUUAUAUUAUAAUUAUAUAUAAUUAUAAAUUAUAAAUUAAUUUAUAUAUAUAAUUAUAUUAUAAUUAUAAUUAGUGUUAUGUGUUGUAUCUCAUUAUUGUGUGCAAAAAAUGCGAUUUGAGUUUUCUAUUAAAUACUGUUGAAACAAGAUAAUCGAAGAUUCUCGAUUACGUAGAAUGUAUUGCACUAUAAUAUUAUGAUAUACCAAUGCGCUAUGAUAACCAGUUCAAAUGGGAACGACCGAUCUAUCACGAAAUUCAA